UCUCUGGUCCCGCCUGCUGAUCAGCCAUCCCUCCCACCAGCUCGGCGGGUACCGGUCCAGUACCAGUUCACCCAGUCCAGAGGACGACGCAGAGGAGGGAAGCUGCUGGAAACCAUCAGUUAAAUAACACACUUACGAAAACUCGUCUCAAACCCCCUGGAAGCUGAUCGACUUCAGCGCGAAUCAGUUGAAUUCGUCUCCACAGACUGGAUAACGAUGCUGAUGUUCUCCUGCACUAGAAUCUGACAGUGAUCUCCAGACAUGAGACCCUUCUUAAGAGUGAACUUCAACGCUUUGAUUUUCCUGGUGCUUCUGCAGGGGGCAGCAGUGGUGAUGUUCUGCAACUGGUACUACCAACUCAGCCCUUGUGACUCUCCUCCUGUGGACCGCAAGGUUCACGUUUUGCUGCUGUCAUCGUGGCGAUCGGGUUCAUCCUUCCUGGGUCAGGUGUUUAGCCAGCACCCGUCUGUUUUCUAUCUCAUGGAGCCCGCGUGGCACGCGUGGAGCACAAUGAGGACUUCUGGUGCGCAUACUCUCCGGAUGGCUGUGAGGGAUCUAAUGCGGAGCGUGUUCCAGUGUGACUUCUCCGUGAUGGAUUCCUACAUGCCAAAAAAUCGCAAGACCUCCUCCUUCUUUAUGUGGUAUCAGAGUCGGGCACUGUGCUCGCCGCCAGUCUGUUCCGUCACACCGUUUGGUCAGAUAAGCAGCGCGAAAGAGUGCCAAAAGGAAUGCCAUGGUUUAGAUUUUGAGAAGGUGACAAAUUCCUGCCAGAUUUACAGCCAUGUGGUUUUAAAAGAAACUAGAUUUUUUGAGCUGGAAUCCCUUUACCCUCUUUUUCAAGACCCAAAUCUCGACCUGCGCAUUGUUCAUCUCAUCCGAGAUCCUCGGGCCGUGUACAGGUCCAGAGAGGAGUCAGCUUUAUCCUUUAAGAUGGACAACGCCAUCGUCUUGGAGCACAGAGCCGCACCAGGAGCCGAGGAGCAGUUUCAAGUCAUGAAGAAAAUCUGCCAGAGUCACACCCAGAUCAACGAAACAGCCACCCAGGACCCUCCUCCGUUCCUCAAGGGUCGCUACAAGCUGGUUCGCUAUGAAGAUGUGACACGCUUCCCGCUUCAGGAGGUCAGUGAUAUUUAUGACUUUGUAGGUUUAAAGAUGACCAAAGAGAUGGAGGACUGGAUAGUUAAGAUGACACACGGAAGGGGGAAAGGCAACCUCAAUAAUGCUUUCGAGGUUAUCUCCAGAAACGCUGCCCAAGUGUCCCAGGCUUGGCGCACCAGGGUGCCGCACAACAAGGUCAAACGCAUUCAGGAAGUGUGUAAAGAGGCCAUGUCAAUGCUCCACUACAAGGCAGUCAACAGUGAAGAAGAGCAGAAGAAACUUGACAUGGAUCUGUACAUGCCAGAAGGACCGAAAGGCUUUGCUUGGGCAUCGGGUAAAAUACGGAGCCAUUAAAACAUUCAAGGAUCUACCGGCUUCAGAUUCCUCUCGAAACUACAAACAUGAACAAUCAACACAGAUUCUUUGAUCUGUAAUAUGGGCAUUGCUCAAACUAUCAUCAUAAUCGCUUCUAUAGCAAGAUUUACUGUCCUACAGACCUCACAGUGAUUAUUUGUUAAAAUGAUUUAAAUGUGGAGCGAGAGUACAGUGGUACCGCAUGACGGCACAAUCUGUGUUGUGAAAAAGACAAGGUCACGCAAAGGGCAGGCAUCAAACAAAGUAGGUGAACUCAGCUGCAGCUUUGCUACGAGAAAACAUUUUUUAGAAAUGAAUGAUCAAUUAAAUCCCAUCUGGUGUUGGAACAAAACAUUCUUUGCAAAACAUUUCUAUUCAAAACAUUUGAAUAGAUAGUAGAUGGGUUUUUUUUUUGUCCAUCAUUAGUUUUCAUAAAUGGCAGUUUAAUCCAUGAAAUAGACAACAAGAAGUUGGCACAGUGUUUGAUUGUGUUACAGAGCUAUAGGAAGUGUCUCUGAUUCUGUUUAUCGAACUGUGCCGCCAUUUUGUCCCUUAUUUGUACUUCUAUGUUAUACCUACAUCAUGGCAUGUGAGGUCAUUUUCAUUGUGAUGAAUUAUUUACAUGAAUUAUGAAUACUUUUAUCAACUCCUAAUUGGAUUAUUGCACAUAAAUUAGCCAGGUCACUCCUACUAUUAGUUGACAGCUGCUUCCAUCAACUGGUGCUUGCACAACAACAUGGGAGUUCAGAGAAAUUGAGCUGUUCUCCUUGUAGAAUUUAGUGUAUGAUUGUCUCCUGUGUUGCCCUGUGACGGACUGGUGACCUGUCCAGGUUGACCCCGCCUCUGACCCGUUGACCACUGGAGCUAGGCACCAGCACCCCAGACGACCCCAAUGGGAUAAGCUUGUAAGGAGGUAAGCAUGGCUACUUUGAAUUAGCAAAUUCUUAAAUUGUAAUUUGUGAGUAUAUGAAUUAAAGUUAUUAGUAAUUUAACUACCUUUUUGUUUGUUUUGCUUUUACUGAAAUAAACCAGUAACAGAUGGUAGAUGUAGAAACUUCAUGCAGUCUGUAGACAUAUUAAAUAAAAUGUAUUUUAAUUUAAUUUAACUGUAUCCUUUAUAGUCAGAGCAGCCAUGAUCUUCUUGUUUUGACACUGAACCUACUUGUAUAAAAUGUAUCUCUGAUGCUUCAGUGGAUAUAUUUCACUUGACAGACGGAAUCUGCACUGUUUUUACUUUUAUUUGAGAUUUUAAGUUUUGCUUCUCGCCCGCCAUUUUUCAGAUUUUUUUUUU